AUGUUUGUUGGCAGGAUGCGUGAAAGUCUCGGCUUGACAGUAGUAUCAGCACUUGGCCGGGGGGACGACGCUCUUACACAUUCCGUUAUUGAUGCCCUUAACACUCUGCUACAGCCGAUGCAUGAGGAUCCAGACAUACGACAAGAACAGUUGAAUAAGACAAGCAUCCUUUCUAGUGACGUCUUCAUGGCACGAUUGGUCAACUUAUUUGCACUCCAUUCGUUUAUUCUAGGUUCAAGCCAUUAA